AUGUGUGCUUAUGUAAUUACAUUUCCUAUUUGGAAAGGAUAAUAAUGGUCAGCAUUUCGAGGUCAUGUUAGAUUAUCAAAUGAAUAAGUACUAAUCGCAAGAUUCAAUGACACAACUCAUAUAGAGUAAGAACUGAGAUUUUUGGAAUAGCAUUAGAGAGUAAAAUCAAAGAUAGAAGGGAAGUACAUAAAAGCAGUAUACAACUUACUUCCAAUGAUAGUUCAAGUGAUAAGAACACCAACAUUUACAGAUGUGUUAUUUGAUAAUUGUGUGGAUUGGUAACUGACAGGGGGAAACUUAUAACAUUUACUAAGAAUAUAUUUUGCAUAUGAUUUAUAUAAAGGGCAGGCACCAAGAGAUUGUACAUUAGAGAAUAUAAUGCGUAAUGGUGAAUCUAUAGUUGUAUUAGACUUUGGAUUAAGAAAAAGAACAGAGAAUUAUUGUAUAUAUUGGAAUCCAAUGAUUCUGAAAGGCAAAUAAUGCUUAUCAUAAUAUCAAUGGUCAUUAGGUAUAAUGUAUUUAGUAAUGACUAAUGGCUCAUUUAUAAUAAAUGAAAUUCAUAAGCGCAUUUAGAAUUGGGUAAAUGGAGGUAAAUUAGACCUUGUUUCAUUAAUAACUACUAAAAAAUAAUCAAUCAUUUCUUUAUUAUAGCAACUUCUGUCUCCUGAUAAUCCUAUCCCAUGGGAAUAAAUACCUCAUCAUUCAGCCUUUAGGGAUGAUCCUAAAUGCAAAACUAUUCUUAAAUUAUAUGAAGUAAGAUCUAUGUCAGAUCUCAAAUUUAGAUCUGCUUCUCGACUAAGUAGUAAAUAAUCUGGUAGAAAAACUUAAAGAACUUCAUUAAUAUUACAUGAAAGUACUUCUAAUAGUAAUUAAUCUACUUCUAAUCAAUCUCUAAUUACUAAAAUUUCAUCUUUAUAUAAAAAUAAAUUUAUUGAAGAAUAUAAAUAAAGAUGCAAUUCUUCGCUUAAAACUUCUAAACAAAUAAAUAAUUUCUUUACUAACAAUAAAAUGAAGCUUAAGUUUGCUACCAAAUAAUCAGAUCAUACAGUAUAAUUAAGUUGUGAUCUUCGAAGUCUUAGGACUGGAUCCAAUCUAUCAAAUCUAGGUCUUACUUAAAGAAUUGAUGAUUCUGAAGAUAAAAAACUCAAUCGAAGACUUUCAUAAUAAGAAAUUGAUUAUGAUAAAAUUAGAUCAAGAGUUAGUUCUAUCAGAAUGGCUAUUAAAGAGUAUAAAGCUCGAAGUUUAAGAAAUCUCUCUUAAGAUUCUAAUCCAUUAACUCAAAAUUCAGUAGAACUAACCUAUCCCAAUAAUUAUAUAUAAUUAAUCAAAAGACCUUAAGUUGAAAUUGAUAUUCUUACAUCAAAAUAUUUAAGAUCUUUAGAAUGUAUAAAUAUUAUUGGAUAAACUGUUGCUAAAGCUAUUGAAUUCUUAGAUGCAUUACAAAACUUUUGGAUUAUUCCUCUAUUUUUAGUAUUCAAAAGAAUGCUUUAACUUAGAUUAGAAAUUGAAAAAUUUCUUGAAGCUCAAAUUAAUUCAUUUAAUAUAGAUUAAUGGAAAGAAGUAUGUAAUUCUAGAGAAUAUCUUUAAUUCUUAAGUAGAAUCAAAUCUGAUAAUUGUCUAGUAAAAAAUGAAAUGAUACUUCUCAUGAAAGCUUCUUAAAACAAAGCUGAUUAACUUGAUAAAAGUAAGAGAGAAAAAGUUCUCUGGUUUCUUAAUGAUAAUUUAGAAUCCAAUAUUUAACCCAUAUGUUUAUCUUAUAUGAAAGAAUAAUUACUUCUUGCUGUUAUUGAUAAGAGAGGAUUAUAAAGAGAACCUAUUGAAUGGCUAAAACUUUAGCUAUCUCUUAAGGCUUCAAUCAUAAUUACUUAAUUACCUGUACUUGUUUGUGAAAGUAAUGAGUUUAGUUAUGAAAAACACUUAGAAUUACAAAAUUCACAAAAUUAUGCUGAAAUAUUAAAAUAUUGUGAACAACUCAAAAUUAAUAUUUGA